CAGUUGGCUAUGUGCGCUCCGUGUCAGCAGAACACAUCGGGAACGGGUUUUCACAGCGUUCAAUAAACCCUCGAAGCCUUAAAAACCCUCGAAAAGCACUCGGUUCUCCGGGACUAAUAAACCGAUUUUGAGAACCAGCUGGCGAUUAGCUGACUCCCAAUCGCCAUAAAUGCCAGACCCCUCAGAUAUGCGCUUAUCAAACCUCUGCGAAUGCCGGUAAAGUUUGGGGGCCGCAAAAAUCUGCUAUCAGGAACAUGGAUUUCGAGGAGAUUUUGGCCAAGUGCGGCCACAGCAGUCGUUAUCAGUUCCUGCUCUUGGCCCUGUAUGGUUACCUCAUGGUCGUCGUUUCGAUGCACUACUUCUCACAGAACGUCAUCAGUUUCGUGCCCGACCACUGGUGUUAUCACGAACAGCUGGCGAAUCGCAGCUUCGCCGAGAUCGAGGCAAUUUAUUCGCAGUUCGAGAAACCCUCGUGCACGCGACUCGAAAAAAUAGAUGAGGAUGGACUGAAUCACACGCUCAGCAAUGAGCGUUGCAAUCGGUGGUUCUACAAGUACGACUUUGGAUACAAAAGUAUGAAUACAGAGCUGAACUGGGUUUGCGAUGAGGCUUAUAAGCCACGAGUGGGCCAGUCUCUUUUUUUCGUGGGUUCGGUAUUUGGAACUCUGGUUUUUGGCCUGCUUGGCGAUCGUAUUGGAAGAAUCAAGGCCUUGAUUUUGGCCAACUGGUGUGGCUUUUUGGGCGACUUCUCGACCAUAUUCGCCAAUAGUCUGGUUUCGUUUUCUGUCAGUCGUUUUAUAUCUGGCCUGGCAGCCGAUGCCAACUCUUAUCUCAUGUAUAUACUUAUUCUCGAAUAUGUCUCACCCUCGCUGAGAAACGUGGGACUUAAUACAGUUUUAGGCAGCUUUUAUUGUCUCGGUUUGAUUGGUGCAUCUUGGCUGGCGGUUUGGGUUGGCCACUGGCGGAUAUUCCUGGCCUGCUCCUCAGUUCCACUGCUCCUGGUUACUUUGUUUUAUUUUCUGGUUCAGGAAAGUGCCCAGUGGUUGGUCACGCGGAAUGACAUCGAUGGUGCUAUAAAAAGGCUGCAGAGAGUGGCAAAAAUCAAUCGCCGACAGGUGCCCGAUGAAGAUUUUAAGACGUUUCGCAGCUACUGUGAACAACACUAUAGAAAGGAAGCCAAGGAGGCGGAGCAAAGUCAAGCCAAACUGCUGGACAUGCUGAAAACGCCGCGCAUGCGCAGUACUGCAAUCAAGUUAUUGCUUAUAUUUAUAAUUAUUACACCCUGCUACAACACGAUCGCUCGAAAUGUGGAGGGUCUGGGCAUAUCGCCUUUCAUCAUGUUCUCGCUGAACGCCCUGACCCUCCCGCCUUCGGGUUACCUCCAGGGCCUCCUCCAAGAUCGCAUCGGUCGCAAGGCUACCUCGGUCAGUUGGAUGACCAUCACGGGAAUAUUUGCCGCAGCUGCAGGACUGGUGAUAUCGCAGGGGAGCAAUCGCAACGUGGUGCUACUGGUGGGACUGACUUUGGCGGCCAGAUUCGGAGUUUCCAUCGCCGAUGGAGCCAGUUCGCAGUUCUCCACGGAACUAAUCCCGACCAGUGUGCGAGGAAGGGGCGUGGCAGUGGUCCAUGUGGCAGGUUUUGCCGCCUCUUUCCUUUCACCCUACAUUUUGCACCUGGGAACUUACUUUAAGCCAGCUCCCUCGAUUAUUUUGGGGCUCCUUUUUCUAUCUGGAGCUUAUGUGUGCUUGCUACUGCCAGAAACUCGGAACAGAAAACUUCCAAUGUCCUUGGCCGAAGGAGAGGAAUUUGGCCGAGGAGAAGGCGUAUUUGAUUUUAUUACGAAGCCGCGAAAGGCAGACACUUCCGAUAUUCCAGUCGAAAUGAGUACAAAACCCGUGGAAGAAGACACUCUUAUGACAAAAACCGCCUAGCAAUAGUGAAUUUUGUUAUCUUUAAAUUGUAAUUCAUAGUCUUAACCGAAAAUAAUCUAAUGUUCAUAUACUCGGUUAUCAAAUACUAAUAAUUUAUUUGGUCAUUCAAUGCUAAUUUAUGUCAUUCCCUUUCACAUGUCAUCAAAGAUAUGUAAUUAUGAUUAAUUUGUAAAAUAUAAAACUAAGAACAUCGAAAUUAGCAUUUAUAUUGGUUAUUACGACCUUGACCAUAUAAAAAGUUCAAAACCCGAAUAGAACACAAACUAAAAUAAAAUGCAAAACAAAAUAUUUGACGAAAGCAUAUGCUAAUUUCAACAAGUUAUUACCAAAAAUAAAAACGCAAACCUGCAGCCCGAAAUUAAAAGAGAUAAAUAAACGAUUUGAAUACA